AUGGUUUUGUACACAUCUGCUUUUCCAAACUCCUUCCUACAAACUCUUCACUCCCUGGCAUGGGCAUUUAUAUUUCCCUGCUAUUGGUUGACCGACCGGCUGUUGGUGUCCUUUCUGCCUACCACCUAUGAAAAGCACCAAAGGGGAGAUGAUCCCUGUUACCUGCGGGCACUCUGUCUUACCAUCAUCAUUCCCAUCUGCUUGGCAUUGCUGAUUGCUUCUCUGCCGUUUGCAUUGAUAGGCUUUGUGAUCUGGGCCCCUCUCCAAUCUGCCCGGAGACCAUAUGUUUACUCAAAAUUUGAGGAGAAAUCCGAAGCCAGCAUGGCAACAGGGCCUGGCCAUUGGAAAACAGCUGGUGGGAGAAGCUUCUGCUUUGCCACGGCCAAUGUCUGCCUGUUGCCCGAUUCCUUGGCCCGUUUCACCAACCUCUCCAACACCCAGAUUAGAUCCUGGGAGGUGGGCAAAAGAAUCCGAAACGGGGCCAGCCGACCUCAAAUUAAGAUUUACAUUGACUCCCCGACCAACACAUCCAUAAGUGCAGCGAGUUGGAGCAGCCUAGCUUGCCCUCAAGGUGGCGAGAAUGUCAACCGUGCAAUCAGCACAGGCAUCAGACGAACUUCAUCCAUGGACUACAAAGGAGAUAACUUCAUUGGCAACUGCAGCGAGGAGGGCAAGGACUCCAAGCCUGGAGGGGAGCAGAAUGACGGGGACACCAACUCCUGCAUUGUUCGCAUCGGUGGUGAUGAGACAACCCACUUUUCCAGCAAGGAGGUGGACACCUCUGGUGUGCAGGUCACCAUAACCGAGCCUGCAGAGCACCUAGGGGAAAACAAAACUGAAGACGAAAAAUGCCAGACCCCCAACCAUAAACAGAGAGAAGGAGAUGGUGUCAGUUUAGAUAGCAACACUGCUUCUAGAGAAUCUCUGAUCAAGUUCAGGAUUGCUGAUGGUGCAAUGGACAGCAGUGGUGCCCCCAACAACAAAUUUGUCUACAAGGCCUCAGUCAUGAAGAAGGCUUCACUAAAGAAAAAGAGGCACCUGGGUGACACAUUUGACCAUGAGCUUUCGGCUUUCUUCCCUGCCAACCUGGACUUUCUCUGCCUCCAGGAGGUGUUUGACAAGCGAGCGGCAGAGAAGUUGAAAGCGCAAUUAAACCCCUACUUUCAAUACAUACUAUAUGAUGUGGGGAGGUAUGCUUGGCACAGCUGCUGCAGCUUCAAGUUUUUGAACAGUGGGCUAUUUUUUGCAAGCCGUUACCCAAUUUUAGAUGUUGAAUUUAAGUGUUAUCCUAAUGGGAAAGGAGACGAUUCGCUGGCAGACAAAGGUGCCCUGUUUGUAAAGGUACAAGUUGGAACCACACCUCAGGACCAAAGAAUUGUAGGAUAUGUUUCCUGCACUCAUUUGCAAGCUCUGGCAGGAGACGCUGCCAUUCGCUGUGAACAGUUGGACCACCUGCUAGACUGGUUGGCUGAUUUCCGAAAAUCUACCUCUUCAUUAAGUCCCACCAAUCCAGAGGAUCUGCUGGCAUUUGAUGUCUUGUUAGGAGAUCUCAACUUUGACAACUGCUCCUCAGAAGACAAGCUGGAACAGCAACAUUCAUUGUUCACCCAUUACAAGGAUCCCUGCCGCCUGGGCCCUGGAGAGGAACAGCCUUGGGUCAUCGGUACUUUAAUGGACCCAGAGGGACUAUAUGAUGAAGACACCAUCACACCAGAUAAUCUGCAGAAGGUGCUGGAAAGCGAAGAGGGGCGCAGGGAGUACCUGAUCUUCUCCAAUGGCAGGAACCACCCAUCUUCUCAGAAGGGGAGAAAGGUACCGCUGAAGAGCUGUGGGCGGAGGAUCGACUACGCACUCUACUCUGAGGAAGGCCUCAACCCUGACUGGAAAGUGGAAGUGGAAGAGUUCAGCUUUGUCACCCAACUGGCUGGCCUGACUGAUCACCUGGCCGUAGCCAUGCGUCUCUCAGUAUCAACUGGAGAGGAGGACCCUUGA